AUGAGGAUCCCAUCUGCUGCGGAGAGCAAUAAGUACAAUUUGAUGUACUACAUCAAGGGUGCUUUGUCUGGAGGCAUCUGUUGCGGUAUCACCCACGGUGCUCUCACCCCUGUUGAUGUGGUGAAGACCCGCAUGCAGCUUGAUCCUGCCAAGUACAAUAAGGGCAUGAUUGCUGGUUUCAAGCAGGUUAUUGAAGGUGAGGGUGCUGGUGCACUUCUCACUGGAUUUGGACCAACGGCAACAGGUUAUUUCAUUCAAGGAUGGUUCAAGUUUGGUGGUGUUGAAUUGUUUAAGAUCAAGACCGCUGAGGCUCUUGGACCUGAAAGGGCCUGGGCACAGCGCAGUGGCAUUUAUCUUGGAGCAUCUGCCCUCGCUGAGUUCAUCGCUGAUAUCUUCCUUUGCCCCUUGGAGGCCACACGUAUCCGCCUUGUUUCCAACCCAUCAUACGCGCCCAGCAUGGCUAGCGCCAUGAUGAAGAUGGGAAAAGAAGAGGGAAUUCUUGGUGGUUUUUAUGCUGGAUUCGGACCCAUCCUCUUCAAGCAGGUUCCGUACACCAUGGCGAAGUUCGCUGUUCAGGGUGCAGCUGCAGAGAAGAUCUACGCAGCAAUGGGAAGCUCUCCGGAGCAGAUGUCGAAGGCUGGAAAUGUGUCUGUUUCUUUGGGAUCUGGUGUCAUUGCUGGUGUUGCGGCAGCUAUCAUUUCUCACCCUGCGGACACUCUUCUUUCCAAGAUCAACAAGGCUGGAGCCGGAGGCAGUGGUGGCACUAUGACUCGUUUGGUCAACAUCGCAAAGGAAACUGGAAUCGUCAAGCUCUGCACUCAGGGUUUGGGCGCUCGUUGUGUCAUGAUCGGCACCCUCACAGCUGGACAAUUCGGUAUCUUCGAUUAUGUCAUGGGAUUGCUUGGAGCAUCGAAGUUCCACUUCCACGAUCCAUCAAAGGAACACCAUUAA